AUGAACUUGCAAACCCUGAGGGAGAAACAACUAUAUGCCAAACUCUCCAAAUGCGAAUUCUGGAAAGACAGAGUGGCAUUCCUGGGCCACGUGAUAACCAAAGAGGGAAUCAGGGUGGAUCCAACCAAGAUCCGCGCAGUCAAAGAAUGGCCUACACCAAAGACAGUUCCAGAGAUUAGGAGCUUCCUUGGGUUGGCCGGGUACUAUCGAAGAUUUGUGCCUGAUUUCACCAAAAUAGCCCAACCCAUGACGAAACUCAUGAAGAAGGAAAUUCCCUUCCGAUGGGACGCCAGUUGUGUUUCAGCUUUCCAGGAACUAAAGGAAAGAUUGACCACAGCCCCAGUAUUGGCGCUACCCUCGGGAAUAGAAGGAUUCGAAGUUUUCAGCGACGCUUCUAAAAAGGGACUAGGGUGCGUGUUAAUGCAAAAUGGCAAGGUGAUAGCAUCGCAUCUAGGCAACUCAAAACCCACGAGGAAAAUUACCCUACUCACGAUCUGGAACUAG